CCGCGACACAAAACGAAAGAAAAAUCCGAUUAGAAAAAUUCGCAAAUGGCGGUUCUCAACGUCUCCCUCUGUUCCAAACUCCCACCAAAACCCCCUCUCUAUUCCUCCAAUCCUCAUCCUUCCCGCCAACACCUCUAUCUCUCCGGCUAUCCUGCGCCCCAGGUUGUAAAGAAUCACCUCGAAGCCUCUAGAAACGUUGUGUUGUCUGUGGGCGACUCGGUCUGCAAGGCGAGCCUGAUCGCUCUGCUCUCUGCUUCUCUGUUCGUAGCCAAUCCGGCACUCGCCUUUAAGGGUGGAGGUCCGUACGGUUCAGAGGUGACUAGGGGCCAGGACCUCAGCGGCAAGGACUUUAGCGGCAAGACUUUGAUCAAGCAAGACUUCAAAACGUCCAUAUUGAGACAAGCAAAUUUCAGAGGCGCCAAGUUAUUAGGUGCAAGCUUCUUUGAUGCUGAUCUAACAGGGGCUGAUCUUUCUGAUGCUGAUCUAAGAGGUGUAGACUUCUCCUUGGCCAAUGUGACAAAGGCAAAUCUGAGCAACGCUCUCUUGGAAGGUGCACUUGCCACAGGCAACACAUCUUUCAAAGGAUCAAACAUUACGGGUGCAGACUUCACAGAUGUGCCUCUGAGAGAAGAUCAACGGGAAUAUCUUUGCAGAAUUGCUGAUGGGGUAAACCCAACAACUGGAAAUCCAACGCGUGAAACCUUGCUUUGCAAUUAAUACAUCAUUGACCAAAAUAGAGGUUGAUCAAAUUGUAACAGAGGUAAUUACUUGGAUCUGCAGAAGCUGCAAUUUUCUCGAAUGGAGCGUUGUUACCUAAUUUGUUGUAACUAUGCCUGCCAGCCAGCCAGCUAUGAUUUAUAUUUAUAUUCUUAAAAAAUAGAAAGAAAAAAAAGUAUGUAUAUUUAAUUGAAAUUUCGGUUUGUGUGUGAUCACCAUAAUCAGAAGCUUAGGCGAGAGAAACUCUCUUGUAACAUGGAUGGUAAAUUCCCGGCGAGUAACACAAUGACACGUGGGAUAACUUUUCCACGUGUCAUUAUGUUAUUGGCUGGGAAUAGCUGUUAUCCCUGUUACAAGUCUUUUUCGAGGCUGAGGGAUCAGUCAAGCGAACACUUAUCUGCUCAUUAUUUCUCCAUUGACAAUUAAGCCAUUAUCGGCAUCACCUUUCAACAGA